GAGUCAAGGAGACGGGGAGGAGGAGGAGGAGGAGGAAGAAAAAGAAGAAGAAGAAGAAGAAGAAGAAGAUGGUCCCCAGAUACAACCGGAAGGCGGCCCCCCCUUGCCUGGAGCUGCAAGGACUAACCAAAAAUGCUCUAGAACGUCACCCUCUUCCAGAUCACCUGGAGGAAAUUUCCCCUGUCAGUGACAGCGAUGGAAAAGACUCAAGUUAUCAGAGCGAGUUUGAAAUCACGCAAGAAUCGCCUUUUACGUCAGCCGACGCUGGGAAUUUGAGGUCUGCCAUUCAGAGUCAUACGGGCACGGGGAUCUCCACCGAAGGCAGCUCGGACUUCUCCUGGGGAUAUGGUGAGCUGGAUAGAAAUGCCACUGAACGAGUCCAGUUGAUGUUCAGGGAUAUUGAUGAGCUCUUGUACGAGCAGAAACUAAGCACGCAUGCGAAGGGACUCCAGGAAGAGUGCCAACAAUGGACCUCCAGCUUUCCUCAUCUCAGGAUUCUGGGCAAGCAGAUAGUCACUCCGUGUGAAGGUUAUGGAUUAUAUCCCGGAUCCCCUUCUGUUACUUCAACUUCCCAGGAGAUCAACUUUCCCCAAGAAAGAGAUUCUACUGUGUUUGGAAUAAGGGGCAAGAAGUUACCUCUCUCGGUUUCUCACCUCCAUAAAUCCACUUCUAUCCCUCAAUCUCCGAGUCUGUAUUCUACCGAAAGCGAAGAAGAGGAAGAGAGCGUGAUCGUCUCAGAAGGAAUAAUCGAGGAAUACUUAGCAUUCGACUGCAGAGACAUGGAAGAAGUGCUGCAUGAAAAGAAAUUAAGAGUGUCUUCAGAGAGACGGAAAUCAGGUUACCCGCCCAUUUCUCCGUUCUACUGCAUGAAGGAGGCAGUGCUGGCUUGUGUGUUUGACCACGUGUGGAGCAAAGUCCUUGACCGAAUGGAGGAGCUGAUCCGCAAAUACUGGGAGGGAUCGGCAUCAGAUGACGAGAGCAACGUGCUGACCCUAGAGACAGCCAGGUCUGACACCGGCAGUCCUUGUGUUUCUUGUGAGCCGCAGCCUCUGGUGUUACCUCGAGUGCCGCAGUCGAAGGUGUUCUCCAUCACCUCAAACCCGAUGGGUCUCUGUCAAGGAGCAAGUGGAAGUCCUCAGCAAAAUCUGAAUGGCUUGCUGAUUCACGGGAUGCCAUUACAUCCGAGAAACCUCUCUCUAAUGGACAGAAUCUUCGAUCUGGACGACAGGCUCCCCGCCAGGCCUCGGUCUAGCACCGUUCUUUCGAAGCCAAGUUGGCCAAACCGCCCCCCGGAGUUCAGUACGUCCUCUCCGUUUUACAGCGCGCAAUCUGCCAGGAGGCGCAACCCUCCGCCUCGCACCCUGCACCCGAUCAGCGUCAGCCAUUCUCACUCAGGGACACCGAGACCCGUGGAUGAUGUCGUCAGGGGAACGCGACUCCCAACUGCCGCCGACUCCCUUCCCGCCACCUCUCCGAAGCCUCUUAGUCGAAACAACCUGCUUCCACCCAUCGGCACGGCUGACGUGGAACACUGGAGUAUCAUGGGAUCACAGAGGCAGAUGAAAUCCCGGACUUACUCCAGCCGAGCUCGGAGUGCGGUGGUAGACGAGGCAGAUGACCAAAGCCCUCAGGAGAGACUGCUCUUAACCGACUUUUUCUUCAGACCCAGCACUACACAGUCAUUUUUGCCGGAUACACAAUAUCGUCGAUCUUGCACAAUUAUGGAUCAUUCUUGCCAGUCUCGUGCUACUAGAGGAGCUGCAGGGACAGAUUCCAUUAAUGCCGGAAUGGCAGGACUCAGCUUAGGGGUACCUAGUUCCUCAUACAUUGGCUCUCUUCAUCACAACAGCCGCGGUCAUUCUCCAGAAAAAGCUGAGGAAGACAAAAAAGAUCAGCACUCCCUGGGUCUUCAAUCACAUAGUUCCGUGAGAUCUCACAACCAGGAUGGAUCAAUCACUCGAACCCGGCAGGGCCUCUAGGAUUAACGGGAAGAAUCUGUUGUCAUCUUGGAUUAAGCAGAUUAAUUCCUCAGGAACGUGCUGGGUCAUCACGGUGGUGCUGAACUUGUUUACAAGACUGAAACGAUCUUUAUAAAGUUACUUUUCUACAACUUACCGCGAAGAACACACAGUAUCUGCCAAAGACUCUCUAAGCCCCUCCAGUUGUCUUCCUCCAGACUUUAACGUGCUCUAUUGGACAAUAAAGCUUAACCACUUUUGACCCAGAGAA